AUGCGUCACACAGAAAUGAAAUUAGGCAAAGUGAGCGGCAGCGCGGCGCAGGCGCAGAGCAAUACCUUGUGUACUCUGUCUCUGGCGGCGCCUCGUCCUGCUUGCUGCUGGGAGGGACUUUGUCACAUUUUUGGUGUUGUGUUCCACAUGUCAGAAAUGGAGGAGCUGUCCAUGCCUGAAGGCGGGGAGAUGGCGAUAUCAAACGGAAUGUCCAAUGGCAUUUCAAAUGGAACUUCAGAACAUCGUGAACACAAGGAGCACAAACACAAGCACAAGGAUCGGGACAGGGAGAAGGACCGCCACCGGGACAAAGACCGCCACAAGACCUCCCACAAGGACAAGGACCGGGAAAAGGAUAAGGACAGGCACUCUUCUAGUCACAAGAGCUCACACAAAGACAAGGACAGGGACAAAGAACGCAGCAAAGACAAGGACCAGAGUGAAAGGCACAAGGACAAAGAAAAGAGUGACAAGGACAGGCAUAGAGACAAGGACAAGGAGAGAAGUGACAAGGACAAACACCGUGACAAGGACCGGGAUAAGGACAAGCACCGGGAUAAGGACAAACACAGGGACAAGGACAAAGAACGCAGUGACAAAGAGAAGUCUCGGGACAAGGACAAGGAAAGACACAGAGAUGAAAAGAAGCACAGCAGCAGCAGUGGUGAGAAGAAGGACAGGGACAAGGACCGCCAUUCUUCUUCGACGCACAAAAGCCACAGGGACAAGGAUAAGGAGCGUGAGAGGCACAGAGAGAAGGAAAAGAACCGUGAGAAGGAACGAGAGAGAGAGAAGAUCAAAGUGGAAACAGAAGAGACGUCCCUCCGAGACUUUUAUGAACAGCCUCCCAUGGAAGAUGUAACAGUGAAGGAAGAGCCAUUGGAGUCAGAGGAGGAGGACAAGCUGGUGAUCAGUGAGCCAAUGAAGGAUGAGCCUCCAGAAGAGGAUGAGGAGGAGAUGCCCUUGGUGAGUAAGAAGGAACCUGAGGAACUACCAGAUGAUGAUGAUGAGGAUGAUAUGCCAUUGUCGCAUCGCAAACAUAGAAAUGAGGAAAAUGAUGAUGAUGAUGACAAACCUCUUGCCAUGCGCAAGAAAAUUAAAACAGAACCAAAGGAGAAGAAGAGAAAAAAAAUAAAGGAGGAGGAUGAUGACGACGACUUCAAGCCAGAAAAGAAGAAAAUCAAGAAAGAAAAGAAAGAAAAGAAGGUGAAGGGAGUGAGGAUGACUGCUCCACCAGGAGGUGCUCCUGAGUCACCGACCAAGAAGGCAAAGAAGGAAGAUGAACCUGUUUGGAAAUGGUGGGAGGAGAAUAAGAGAGAUGAUGGUCUGAAGUGGACCUUCCUUGAGCACAAAGGACCCUUGAUGGCACCAUCAUAUGUUCGACUGCCCAGCAAUGUGAAAUUUUUCUAUGACGGGAAGCACAUGGAGCUGUCAGAAGAAACUGAAGAAGUAGCAGGAUUCUAUGCUCGCAUGAUUGAGCAUGAGUACACAACCAAGAAGGUCUUCAACACAAACUUCUUGAAAGAUUGGAGAAAAGUAAUGACAUCCAAGGAAAGAGAGAUAAUCACUGAUCUUUCCAAGUGUGACUUCAGACAGCUACAUGCCUUUUAUGUACAACAAAAUGAAGAUAGGAAGAACCGAACAAAGGAGGAGAAGAAGGCCCUCAAAGAACAGAAUGAGGCCUUGAUUGCUGAGUAUGGCUGGUGCAACAUUGAUGGACACAAGCAGCGAAUUGGCAACUUUAAGAUUGAGCCCCCAGGAUUGUUCCGAGGACGAGGGGAGCAUCCAAAGCAGGGAAUGCUCAAAAAGCGCAUCAUGCCAGAAGAUGUUAUCAUUAACUGCUCUAAAGAUUCUUCCAUUCCAAAGCCCCCUGAAGGCCAUAGAUGGAAGGAAGUUCGAGCAGAUCCUACAGUGACGUGGCUGGCCUGCUGGGUGGAGAAUGUUCAGGGACAGACCAAGUAUGUGAUGCUCAAUGCUGCUUCCAAACUUAAGGGAGAAAAGGACUGGCAGAAGUAUGAAACAGCUCGGAAAUUGCACAAAUGUGUUGACAGCAUAAGAGAACAGUACAUGCUUGAUUGGAAGAGUAAAGAAAUGCGGAUACGACAGCGUGCUGUAGCAUUGUAUUUCAUUGAUAAGUUGGCUUUGAGAGCUGGUAAUGAGAAGGAUGAGGACCAGGCAGACACAGUGGGUUGCUGUUCUCUUCGAGUAGAACACAUUUCACUCCAUGAACAGAAGGACGGCAAAGAUUAUGUUGUUGUCUUUGACUUCCUGGGUAAAGAUUCCAUCCGUUACUACAAUGAAGUGUCCGUUGAGAAAAAAGUAUUCAAGAACCUUCAACUCUUUAAGGAAAAUAAAGAGGAAGGAAAUGACCUCUUUGACAGGCUCAAUACACAAAUCUUAAACAAGCAUUUGAACGAGCUGAUGGAUGGACUCACAGCCAAGGUGUUCCGUACCUACAAUGCUUCACGCACCCUCCAGGAGCAGUUGGAACUCCUUACAGAUCCUGAUGCCCCUGUAUCAGCCAAGAUUCUUCAGUACAAUAGAGCAAAUCGAGCUGUGGCUGUGUUGUGUAACCAUCAGAGAGCUGCUCCAAAGAGUUUUGAUAAGUCUAUGGCAAAUCUACAGAAGAAGAUUAAUGACAAGAGGGAUCAGGUGACUGAGACUGAGAAAGAAUGCAAACAGUUGAAAAAGAUCGCCAAAUCUGGAGGCUCCCAAAAGGAGAAGAUUAAUUAUGAAAAGAAAAAGAAAGCUUUGGAGCGCUUGAAGGAACAGCUAGAGAAACUAGAGCACUCUGCCACAGACAAGGAGGAGAACAAGACCAUUGCCUUGGGAACAUCCAAGCUUAACUAUUUAGAUCCUCGGAUCUCUGUUGCCUGGUGUAAGAAAUUCAAUGUGCCCAUAGAAAAGGUUUACAACAAGACGCAACGACAGAAGUUCCAGUGGGCCAUUGACAUGGCAACCGGAGAGUACAACUUCUUAGGAGAGCCAAUGAAUAUGACCAAAAAUAGUUCUGAUGGCGAAGGUGAUGAUGAGGACUAUGAGUAAAUACUUCAUCCUGGGCUGCCAGGCCUGACCAAAGAUGAUGAUAUUGUACCAUUUGCACAAUUGAGGAGAAUUCUCAAUGAUCAUGCCAUUCACUCAUCCUGUAUUUUAGAGGAUCAUUUUAUAUUUAACAAUUUGUUAUAUUGAGGGAAGUGCAACUAUGGGUAGUAUCAGGUAAAUUAAGGGAAAUCAGUGUGUAUUAUAUUUAUUUAUUACACAAUUUGACAUUUUUAUUAUAUUUUAUCCGUUAUAAUAUGUUAGAAAGUUAAAAGCUAAUUUAGUCCUGUGUUUUGAUAUUUCACAACAACAGUUUCCCAGGAGGUGGCUAUCUUUAUGGCAGUUUUCACUGCUCGUGUUUUACGAUUGAAAUCUCAAAGCCAUAAUUUAUGGUAACUAAAUUUUGCUACUUAAAGUUGGUAUGAUUGAGUUACCAUUUACUUUAGUUAUACUGAUUAGGGAGACUGAUAAAUGUACUUUGUGAUAGAUUGGUUUCAAGUGCCCUGAGGAUAUUCACAGCCUCACCAGUAUAUCAAUAUAUCUAUUUAAUGUUAUUUUUUAUGAGUAUUUAUAUACUGCAUUACUAGACUUAUUGGGUAAACAUGCACUGAGAGCAGUAAACAUACACCCUCUGGAGUGGUGAUCAGUGACUGGGAGACAAGUGUACGGAAGAGAGCCGAAGGGUACAGAUUGGUUGCCUGUAUACAAGAAAAUGUGAAGUUUUUGCAUUGAUGUGAGGGUGUUCAAACUUACAAGUGAAGAUUUCCUAUGCAAGUGGGAAUAAUGUUGGUGGAAAGAGUUGUGAUAGGACUGAAGGUUUGGCUCCAACCCAGUGUUUGUGACUAAUUUGCAUUAUGUACCAGCCUUCUCAGGAACAGAAGUAGAAAAGGAGUGAGGCAAGGAUUAGGGGCAGUUGUGGUGCUUAGGAUGUGUCACAGAUUGGUCAUCUUAGCCUGGCUAUGUAGUAGAAUGAAUGCACUAUGUUUAAAAUUUAAAAAAGAAAAUAUGAAAGCCUAACAAUUUGUGAUGAGUUGAGGUGCAAUAACAAAGGCCUGUAUGUUUAGUGAGUGAAACUUGCAGAAUUGGUCUUGCCCAAUAUGCAAUUUAUGGGUAUCAGUAUUGAUUGAAAAUCUUACAAGUCUUAUAUAUAUAUAUAUAUAUAUAUAUAUAUAUAUAUAUAUAUAUAUAUAUAUAUAUAUAUAUAUAUAUAUAUAUAUAUAUAUAUAUAUAUAUAUAUAAAUUUUUUUUUUUUUUUUUUUUUUUUUUUUUAUACUUUUAAUGAGUCUGAUCACCGGUGGGUUGUGACAAGGGCAGAUAAAGGCUUUGAGGGCUGACAUAUCUCAGACUGCCCUGGCUUAGUUUUAAAUUGUUUUAAUAUAAAGUAAGUGUGAUUGACUUGUAAUUUUCACUUCAUUGCCAUUUUUGAUGUAGAAAUGCCUUUGUUACAGUCGUAGAGUGUAGAUGCUGUCCUUACAAUUAUGUUGAACAUGACACAUCAAUUUUUGUUUGGUGUGUUAAUUUUACAUGGACUUAUUUAUUAUGACAACAUCCAUAUUGAUAGAGUUGAGUUUACAGGUGGCAGUGAGGCAUUAGAAGCUUGAUCAAGUCAGUAUGUGGAACAUUUCUUUAGCCUUCUGGUGGGGAAGCAUUAAAGUGAGUUUACGAUUUUGGAAGAACAUUAAAUGCAUUAAUCCCAGGUUUCAUCUGAUGUGAUUAAUGGGAUGCAUGUGGAAUUGGCACAGCUGUCCAUGGUGAUUGCAAGUUAAGAUAGAUUACUAGGUCUUUUUACAGUUAUCUUGGUGUAAUUUUUGGUAGUGUUUGUGAAUUUGUGUAAGUUAAAAAAGUGGUAUUGGGGCGUAUGCUAAUGUUAAGACAUGACAUAGGCAUUGGUGUUGUAGUUUGGAUAUAAUGGUUUACGGAAAUCUUGGGACCAUUCGUGAAAUGAGGAAAUAGUUUUUGAAUAUUUUGGAGUAAAGUAUUUUUUCUUUUGUGAGUUAAAGAAUUUAUCUUGGCCUGUGUCUUGCCAACAUCUGAUUCAUGCUAGAUCUACCCAGUUCAGCUGGUCAUUCCAUGACAUUGUGUGAUAUACACCGUGUACAUACUGAUAUUCAUCAAUAAACGAUCAUGGCAACAA